CCGUCAAAGAAAAUUAACUUAAGCAGCCAAAGUCCAAACAGUCCUAUAUAUAAAUAGAUGCACUUAUACGAUUUCUAGGGUUUUGGGUUUCACAAGGCGGCACCUCCUCUCUAUUCGAACUCUCAAUCUUCAUUCAAACGAAACUCUCACACCGCAAUCAUGGGGAAGACUCGUGGAAUGGGAGCCGGGCGUAAGCUCAAGUCCCACCGUAGAAGGCAGAGGUGGGCUGACAAGUCAUAUAAGAAGUCCCAUUUGGGAAAUGAGUGGAAAAAACCAUUUGCUGGUUCAUCCCAUGCAAAGGGCAUUGUUCUAGAAAAGAUUGGUAUUGAGGCUAAGCAGCCUAACUCUGCUAUAAGGAAAUGUGCUCGUGUUCAGCUGAUCAAAAAUGGAAAGAAGAUUGCUGCUUUCGUGCCUAAUGAUGGUUGCUUGAAUUACAUCGAGGAGAAUGAUGAGGUGUUGAUUGCAGGAUUUGGACGGAAGGGGCAUGCUGUGGGAGAUAUUCCUGGAGUCAGGUUUAAGGUUGUGAAGGUAUCUGGCGUGUCUCUGCUUGCUCUCUUUAAGGAGAAAAAGGAAAAGCCAAGGUCUUAGGCUUAUAGGGUCAAGGCAGGCUCAUCUCUGUCUGCUCUCUCUCCUCACCCCAGCUUGUUCUUUAUUUAAAUGAUACUUGUAGCAACCAUUCAGUAAGAUUGAUUUUUGUGAGCAAGUCUUUAUUAGCUACUGUAGAACCCGGUUCUGUUUGUCCUAAAGAAAUGAAAUUUUGGAAAGUUAGGGUGGUGAUAUUUUUAA